AUGCAUCAGCCUUCUGAUUCAGAUGAAGAGCUUGAAGUUCACCGAGACAUGUCACCAGCAACACUAUACAAGGCUGCUCGUAAGGCACAAGUUGCAGCAAAUUCAGCUAGGGAGAGUGAAAAAGCUACACGACAUAAAUAUGAAGACUUGUUGAACGAUAACGGAGAGAAGUCAGACAACUCACACAAUAGAAAUCCAAGGAAGAGUUGA